GUUUGGGAAAUUGACAUUUUGGCUUCCGAAGGAAAGCUUUGAGCUUUCCGGUAGGCAAGCCAAACAUUACAAUAAAGCACCAAAGAAAUAUUCAUCGAAAUUGAUUCAUUCUUGUUUACCACUCCCAAGUAUAUAAGCUAGCAGGGGAUCUUUCGUUAGCUCUGUAAUCUCUUAUCAUCAUAUUCAUCGAAAUUGAUUGAAGAGAACAUGGCGGACACGCUGGCUUCACUAAGGUCUCUGAUGGCCUCCCACUCUCCACCUCUCGAUGCCUUGGUUGUUCCUUCUGAGGAUUAUCAUCAGAGUGAAUAUGUAUCUGCUCGGGAUAAGAGACGUGAAUUUGUUUCUGGAUUCACGGGAAGUGCAGGUUUAGCACUUAUCACAAUGAAAGAAGCACGACUGUGGACCGAUGGACGAUAUUUCCUGCAGGCGACACAACAGCUUAGUGAUGAAUGGAAGCUUAUGCGUAUGGGUGAGGAUCCUGCUGUAGAUACCUGGAUGACUGAUAAUUUUCCAAAAGAUGCGGCUAUCGGUAUCGAUCCUUGGUGUGUGUCGGUCCACACAGCACAGAGGUGGGAGCGUAUUUUUUUGAAAAAACAACAGAAGCUGGUCCAAACGUCCACAAAUUUGGUAGAUGCGGUAUGGAGAAAUCGGCCACCAGCAGAGAUAACUCCAACUACUGUUCAUCCAUUGGAGUUUGCCGGCGUUUCAGUCGCAGAGAAAUUGAAGAAUUUGAGAGAAAAACUAUCAUCUGAGAAAGCUCGUGGCAUAAUCAUUACCGCACUUGAUGAGGUUGCUUGGUUAUAUAAUAUUCGUGGGAAUGAUGUUGCCUACUCUCCUAUUGUUCAUGCAUUUGCCAUAGUAACUACAAAUUCAGCUUUCUUGUAUGUGGAUAAAAGGAAGGUGUAUAUUGAGGUAAAAUCCCUCUUGGAGGAGAAUGGUGUUGAAGUUCGGGACUACGGUGCAGUGAGCACAGAUGCAGGCUUGCUUUCUUCUAAUGAGCUUGAUUCUUCUUUUGCCGUCAAAGGAACUGUAAAUGAGCUGGCAAAGGACAUGAAAUUAAAUUCUAGAGAACAUGCAACAGAAAAUGGUAAAAGUGAAAAGGAAGGAAGCGAUAAUGACCUCAUAUGGGUUGAUCCUGCUUCUUGCUGCUAUGGACUCUUUUCAAAACUGAAUUUUGAUAACGUGGUACUGCAGCAGUCACCAUUGGCCCUUGCAAAGGCUUUAAAGAACCCAGUCGAGUUAGAUGGCUUAAAAAGGGCACAUAUCAGGGAUGGGGCAGCCGUCGUGCAAUAUCUUGUCUGGUUGGAUAACCAGAUGCAGGAGAUUUAUGGGGCAUCUGGUUACUUCUUGGAGGGGGAGAAUAUAAAUACGAAUAAACGAUUGAAAACCAUGAAACUGACAGAGGUGACUGUAAGUGAUAAGCUGGAGAGCUUCCGAGCUUCAAAGGAGAAUUAUAGAGGAUUGAGUUUUCCUAGUAUUUCAUCGGUUGGACCUAAUGCGGCAAUCAUCCAUUAUUCACCACAAGCGGAAACAUGUGCUGAGCUUGAUCCAGAUAGCAUUUAUCUAUUUGAUUCAGGGGCACAGUAUCUGGAUGGAACAACUGAUAUAACUCGGACAGUUCAUUUUGGAAAACCUUCAUCACAUGAGAAAGCAUGCUAUACUGCGGUCCUCAAAGGUCAUAUUGCUCUUGGCAACACUAGAUUUCCUAACGGAACCAAUGGUCAUGCCCUCGACAUUGUUGCUCGAGUUCCUUUGUGGAAGGAUGGCCUGGAUUAUCGACAUGGUACAGGUCAUGGAAUUGGGAGUUAUCUAUAUGUUCAUGAAGGACCCCAUAUGAUUACUUUCAGGCCGCAGGCUCGGAAUGUGCCACUACAAGCCUCCAUGACUGUAACUGAUGAACCUGGUUACUAUGAGGAUGGCAACUUCGGUAUAAGACUGGAGAAUGUGCUCGUAGUCAAUGAGGCCAAUACAAAUUUCAAUUUCGGUGACAAAGGUUACUUGCAAUUUGAGCACAUAACAUGGGCACCAUAUCAGAAGAAGUUGAUUGACAUGAGCCUAUUAACACCUGAAGAGAGAGAUUGGGUGAACGCAUACCAUGCAAGGUGUGGGGAGAUUCUUGCACCAUACUUGGAUGAAUCUGAGAGGUCGUGGCUACAGAAAGCUAUUGAACCUUUAAGCGCAUGAGUUGCCUAUUUCUGAAGUGGAAAACGAAGAUAUCUGAGUUUUGCUCGCAUGCAAUUUAGUAACCCCUCUACUGCCUAUUUAUGUUGCUUAAAAUUUCUUUGUAUGCCUUAAUUUGGGUUGUCAUCAAUUUAUUAUGAUAAAAUAAUGAAUGAAUGCAAAUGUUAAGCGCGUAAAUCUUA